AUGAGUGAAUCAAUGUUCUCGUACCAGCCUGAUGAAGCUGAUGUUCAAUCAAUUUCUAGGCAUCAUAGUCAGAAUAUGUCAAUAGAUGAUGAAAAGAAAUAUGAAGUCGUUUUUGACGGUCAAGAUGAUCAAGAGAAUAUCAAUGAAGCAAUGUCAAUAGGUAGAAAAUGGUUUAUUAGCUUGGUUCUUUCAGGUACUUCAAUUUGUGUAACUAUGCUUUCAUCAUGUUGGUCUAUGGCAUCAGAAAAUAUAAUUAAUCAUUUUGGUAUUAGUCGUGAAGUUAGUAUUUUGGGUAUUAGUUUAUAUAUCUUUGGGUUAGGUUUUGGUCCUUUGUUCUUGAGUCCAAUAUCGGAAUUUUAUGGUAGAAAGCUUACAUAUAUCUUUGGACUUUCAUUAUGUUGUGUUUUUGAAAUAUUAACUGCAUUCUCUCCAAAUAUUGGCGGAUUAUUGUUUGGAAGAUUUUGUAGUGGGUUUUUUGGUUCUGCAUUCUUAUCAGUUGCUGGUGGUACUUUUACAGAUCAAUUUAAGAAAGAUGAAAUUGGUGUACCGUUAGCAGUUUAUUCAAUAUCUCCAUUUUUAGGGCCUUCACUGGGUCCUUUAAUUAGUGCAUUCAUUAAUGAAAAUUUAUACUGGAGAUGGACUUUUUACAUAAUGUUGAUAUUUAGUGCAGCUAUGCUUUUAUUAAUCAUAGCUUUUGUUCCUGAAACAUAUGUUCCAGUUUUAUUAAUGAGAAAAGCCAAAAGAAAAAGAGCAGAAACUGGCGAUGAUAGAUAUUAUGCUCCAUUAGAGAUUAUGCAAAAGGAACAAUCUGUUUUCACAGCGGCUUUAUUUUCUGCAAAGAGACCAUUCAUGUUGUUGAUGAAAGAUAGAAUGAUGGGAGUUUUAUGUUUUUACUCAGGUCUUAUUUUAGCUAUUGUCUAUUUAUUUUUCGUUGCAUUUCCAUAUAUCUUUGAUAAAGUUUUUAAUUUCUCUAAAAUUGGCCAAGGGUUAUCAUUUUUAGGUAUGUUAGUUGGUAUGAUUAUCGGUGGUGCAACUGCACCAAAGUUUCAAUCAAUUUAUAAUUCAAGAGUUUCCAAAACUGGUAAACCAAGAGCUGAAUUUAGAUUAUACCCUUUAAUGGUUGGAUGUUUCCUUUCACCUAUUGGACUUUUCAUAUUUGCAUGGACUUGUUUUUCCAAAUUACAUUGGAUGGGUGCAAUGGUGGGAACUGCAAUUUAUGGUAUGGGUACAAGUUUGAUUUUCCAAGGUAUUUUCGGGUAUACAGCUGAUGGUUAUAGAUUAUUUUCAGCAAGUGCUAUGGCUUGUAAUAGUUUAGUAAGAAGUAUAAUGGCUGGUGUAUUCCCAUUAUUUGGAUUACAAAUGUAUGAAGCUUGUGGUGUUAAUUGGGGUGGAUCAAUUUUGGCAUUUGCUACAUUAGCUAUGAUUCCUUUCCCCUUUCUAUUCUACAAGUAUGGUGAGACAUUAAGAAAUAAAAGUCCAUAUGCUUGGAGUAUGGACUAA